AUGGACCAGCUCGAGCGGUUACGUGCAGUUGGUCGAUUGGAGCAAUACUCCACGGCGCGGCAUCAUAUCAAAUUCUAUUUGAACGUCUCUGUGGUAGCGACAUACACACUGCCUGAUACUUUCAACCCCCCCGUCAAGGAUUAUGUAUACAAGGCGUGUGAGGUACUCAUUGGCCAGCAUCCGAUCCUAUCUGCUGUUCCUGUAGGCGAGGACACCAAGGAGCCCUACUUUGCACGUCUCCCGCAGAUCGACCUCGAGAAGUCGAUUUCGUUCCAAGAUCGUGCUCAUGUUGUGCCUGAGGGCGAUGAGUCAGAUGCAGAGCUGGAGGCGCUUGUAAAUGUUCAGCAUAAUGAAACAUUUGCGCCGCUACUGCCGUUUUGGAGACUGUGUGUUUUGAAUGAUACUAUACACGGACGUCGGUUUACAGCUGCUUUUGUCUAUCACCAUGCCAUCGGCGAUGGAACAUCAGGCAAGGCGUUCCAUAAAGCGUUCCUCCAGGCUUUGCAUGAUACUGGCCCAUCCCUCUCUUCCGGUGAGGUUAAGCAGCUUGUCACACCGCCCCAGGUACCACUGCUGCCUAGUGCAGAGGAAGCUCUCCCGCCUGCCGUAUCUAUUCCUUUUCUGGUGACCACGCUAUUCAAGGAAAAUAUUUGGUCCUGGACAGAUCCGGGACUCUGGACCGGCUCGGAGGUGAUUGUACCGCUCGAGACUCAGAUGCGCCACAUCGUCUUCUCGGAAUUUACCACAUCCUCCUUGAAAGACUGUUGUCGUCAAAAAAACACGACCAUCACUGCAGCCCUACAAACGUCAAUUGCGCGUGCGCUUUUCGCACACAUCCCGGACAGUUUCACGAGCGUCCAGUGCUCCGGUGCUAUGUCCAUCCGCAGAUGGCUUGAUCAGGACAUCAUCACAGAUGAUUCGAUGGGCGUAUGGGUCCAAGAUUACGACGAAACAUACUACCGUGACAAGGUUGCAGGAGCCUCUUUCCCAUGGGACGAGGCGCAGCGGUCUCGCCAGACGAUCGAGAAAGUCCUAAGUUUGAAGGGCAAGAACGCCGGCCCUAACCUACUCCAAUAUGUAAGUGACAUCCACCAGCUGUUCCUGUCGAAGGUUGGAAAGCCGAGGAAGAGCACAUUUGAGGUUUCCAAUGUCGGAGUUCUGGCGUCGAAGUCUGGGCAGGACGCCACAAAACCGCAGAUUGGAAGAAUGGUCUUCUCUCAGAGUGCCAGUGUUACGGGGAACGCGAUCGAGGUGUCGGCAAUCACGGGUACUGAUGGCUGCCUCGUUCUAUCUUUCUCUUGGCAGACACAUGUCGUGGAUGUGAAUCUGAUGUCGGCUGUUAUGGAGUCAGUCAGGACAGAGUUGAUCUGUAUUUGCUCUGAGUAG